GGUAAACAAGGCUGAAUCCGAUCUAUCCUCUAUAUAUAAAUACGAAGUCCCCUUUGCGCUCAAUAUGUUCGAUUUCAACCUCCAACAUGCCCACUAAAACUCCCCCGAACGGUUGAAGUCUCAGUUCGGAAGAUGAGAUCCGAUUUUUAUAUCUCGAUCCUGCCAAAUCCUCCGAGCCAGUAACCGCCAGACUUCUCCACUCCCCGCUCAGCUCGGCCCCCGCAUUCAGCGCACUUUCGUAUGCCUGGGUCCUGGAACCAGACUACGAUGAUCCUGACGAAUAUGAUGCGCAUAAACUAACGCCUUGCAUUAUUAGCAUCCAAGAUGAAAAUGAUGAAGUUUUCAAUGUGACUGUGACUCACAAUCUCUGGCUGGCUCUUGCCCACCUGAGCGAAUUCUACCAUGGUCCUUUAUGGGUCGACCAGUUAUGCGUCAAUCAAAGCGAUGAGUACGAAAAGUCCUUCCAGGUACGCCGGAUGGACCUCGUCUACACUUAGGCAGUCCAGACAUAUCUCUGGCUGGGACCGUCAAACGAAAUGCGCGCCUGGGGAAUGGCCCAGAUCCACUGGUUGGGUGAAUUUUUGCAUAAUUCCGGUUUUAAUGGAAGGGAUAACGUCAACUUCGAAGAGGCCCAGAUAUUCAAUCACUAUGAUGAUCCGUCCUCACUUCUUAACGGCAUAUACGGCGUCAUCAGACAGAAGUGGUGGGCGCGAGUUUGGGUCAUCCAAGAAGUCCUGCUCUCUCGUGAUCCAAUCUUGAUCUGCGGCAACGAUUCCGUUCAUUUCAACGCGGUCGUGUUAACGCUGUUUUUCCUGGAUCAACUGAUCACCCGGAUCGAUGCUGAAUCUCGACCGGAUCUCUAUCAAACGACUGAGGCCAUUCUGCUAAGAGCAUCCCAUUUUAUUGUGCUAUUGCAAGAUAUGCUGUCAGUUGAUGCAGCAGAGAAACGGUUGCCCCUUUGGAGAAUCCAAGCUAUCGCUAGGACAGCUCCUGGAUUAGACGCUUCUGACGAGAGAGAUCGGUACUGGGGUAUGUUGGGUUUGGUCAAGCCUGAGCACCGGAAAUUCGUCCAGGUUGACUAUGGCGAGGGCGUCAAGAUGCACGCGGUAGAGUAUAAUAUCGAUUGGGCAAUUAGACAGGCUGGAUGGUAAGGUUUGGACUGGUUGUUGUUUCGGGGUGUGGGAAUGUUGGGCUUGAAACUCUCCUAUAUUAAACUCUAGUCAUCUUGGGCCUUUACUUGAUUCGCAGUCGCCGCUGUAUACCUACGCAUAGUCCUAAUAUGCGUGCUCCCACUCUUUUGUUUUCUCCAGGUAUUUUUAUCGCCCUGUGAUAAUCAUAUUAUUCAACUUCAGUUAUGUUAUAAUAUUGAUCACCAGCAGUCUACUUCUUAUUUAUUAGCUGGGCGAAACGAACUACUACUGCAUUAUUCCCUCGAUUUGGUAAUUCAAUAUUGCGGGUUUUAUUGAAAUGAUAGGAGUGCAACAUUGAUAAUAUAUAUUGCUGUCUUCGGGAGAAGCAGCGGAAAGAGAUCCGCCGGGAUUUUAGUCAGAAUAUAAGUGUGGAAAGUGCGAAAUAGUGUGAUAUCAAAGAUUGGCUUAGCCUCGCGAUAACUCUGAGUUAUCUCUCAAUUGUCUUAAGGGAUUGUCGCUGUGGUUCUCCUUAACUCCCGCGAGCGCAAAAGGGUCAGGUCAUGUAGGCGCGUUCAGACGCCAAGGUGGACCGAAACUAGUCAUGUGAUGGGGUUAGCAA